CUUCACUAAGUGUGAGAAUAGUUGAAGAGACAAGUGAAGACAGCAGACAUGUCCCUCUGUCGAUCCCUGCAUCUCACUUUCAUGUUUUCCUUUCCUGCUCUCUGGUGUGGUAUCAAGGCUCAAGAGUUGAGUCUUCUGAGCAGUCGGGUGUCUGUGGCCUUCACUGGGGAAAAUCAGUGGAUACAGUAUCAAGCAACGAAGCCAGCCAACUGCAGCCAAACCGUCUUAAAAUGUUUCGACCCGCUUGGCCAACCCUUCUACGAACACCCAGUUCGUCCAACUGUCGGGAGCCCCUUGUCUUGGAGAGAAAUUGUUCUACUAGAAAAUCCAUCACACUCUGGAGAGUAUUACUGCGAGCAUCAGGCAGCCCGAGUUUACUGGUUCCUCAGACUGAGAGAUAGCGGCUACUGGGAGACCACACAGAACAGCUCCGAGUGCAUCAUCUUGGCUACAACCUUUGCGGUGUUGUUGGUCCUCAGUGUCGUAGGCUCGUGGUAUGUCUUCAGAUGCAGUUGGGAACGGACCUGUGGCAGCAGGCCUAAAGGGGAGAACCGCAGACGCGUGGUGGAGGACAACAAUGACAGAGCAGCGCCAUCAUCCGUCUAUGCCAGCCUCGAUCCUCACACUCAAUCUGUUUAUGCGGUUCUGGACCGGACAUCUGUCGCAUCCGAGCCGGAUCAAAAGCAAAGUGCUCCCAGAUCAAAGAAGAGCCACAAAACAGUGUCUCCAGACGUCCAUGGUGAAGGAGCGUUUGAGUCGGUCUACGAGAACUUCUGAUGUGGUUUCAAAUGAAAGAACUGCAUUUUAAUGUUGGAACUUUGUACGUAGAUGGAAAUGUAAAUAGAUAUAUUUCUAAAAACUCUCAGUGUUUUGUCUUUGAUAAGAUAUAAUAAUGAGACACCCCAAGAGGUUUCACUGUCACAUAAAACUGCAAAAGAUUUUUCUUCUCUUAUUAUCAAAUGUUUUUCGUCAAACCAAGAACCUUCUGCAUAGGAUUCUUUUUGACACAGCAUUUUAUUCUCCGUCUGACAAGUCCUACAUAUGAUGCAGCAACGCUGCGACGUUAGCCCCACCCCAGCUCUCAUUUGACCAAUGGGAGCUUCAGCUCGAAAUGUCACGCACCAAUGGCAUUUCCUCUCUCUGGUCUGACUUCCGGGCUCAGCUUGUUGUGCUUGUCAUUCGUCAUGGCUGCGGAGGGAGACUUUCUGGCCAGAUACCGCGCUGUAUCAAAUAAACUGAAAAAGCGUUUUCUACGGAAGCCCAAUGUAGCUGAGGCUAGUGAGCAAUUCGGUCAACUGGCCAAGGAGCUGAAGCAACAGGACUGUCUGCAGUAUGCUGCCUUCUGUAAUCUGGCCAUGGCUCGGUGUGAACAGACUCUUUUCAAUGCUCCAGGAGAAGCUCUGGCAUUAACCGAUGCUGCCCGCCUCUUUCUCUCAUCGGAGCAGGAGAACUGGGCCUUGCAGGCUCCUGGCUUUGAUGAGCAUCUUCAGGCCGCGCUUAACUGCUACAGCUUUGCCAUCAAGGUUUACAUAGAGAUGAACCAGCCUGUGAUGGCGGCCAGUCUGUGUCUGGAACUAGGAAAUGCGCUCAAGGAGAUGAAUCGACCCGGUGAGGCCAUCGUUCAUUACCAGAGAGCCUCUGAGCUGCAGUUUCAGACCCCAGUUGAAGCUUUGAUGUCUUUGGGAGAAAUGGCGACUUGUAAAAUUCUCACACGUGACUAUGACGGUGCAUUGUCAGUGUUUACAGAUAUGCAGAUCAUGUGUCAGGAGAAGGGUCUGCUUCUGCCAGGCACCAACACUCCAGUUGGUGCGUUUCUUGACAUUAUGGCAAAAUGUGAGAUCUCCAGAGUUUUGCUGCUGAUGCUGCUGGAGCCUCCCCCACAGAAGCUUUUACCAGAACACGCACAAACACUGGAGCGAUACGCUUGGGAGUCCUUCGACCCGCACAGCCAGGUCUUGUUCCUGCCUGAGAACGUCUUCCUGCUCCUGCAGUCAGUCGUGAUGGCGUGUCAGGAGAAGGACACAGAGUCCCUCAAGUCUCUUCAGACGGAACUAUGGCCACUUCUGACAGCUGAGCAGAACCACCUGCUCCACCUGGUGGUUCAGGAGCGCAUCACACCAUCUGGACAAGGCAUUUAGGCGCCUUCUGUUUACACUUUUUUUGUCUUCCUUCGGGAACCUUUCUCCUUGAACUAGGUCUGUUUUAAGACUUGUUUUUAGGGUUUAAGGCAGCACCAAUCUGACUUUUAAAAUCAGUGUGUAUUGUGUGUCCUGUUUUCCCAUAAUGAAACUUUAUUGACUGGUGAUGAAGUGUCCCAUGUGGUGAAAUAAAUUCUGAUUUGUGUGUUUUAUAGAAGAUGGAGGCUGCUUGUUUGUCCACUGUAACGGAAGUUGCUUACUUAGGCCAACAGCUGUCGUGCUGAGCCUUUAUCUACACUACAGUUUCCCCUCCAUAUUUAUUCUUUAUCUUGUAGCACAGGCAGCUUCCCAGACAGCUGUUAGUCACAUCGAUCGGAUGUGCUCCAGAAUGUUGAGUGAAACGUUUGCAAUGAUACGAAAGUUGACCUCCUAUUUGCAUAAACUUGAGUUGGAUUCCAUCCUAUGUCAUAGUGAGUGUGUAAUUUUAACCUUUUCGCCUCCUCUCCCUACUCUACAUUGUUUCCAGAUGUAAA